AUGAGCUAUUUGGUAGUUGGAGUCACGGGGCAUCAUCGCCUUCGUACUCAAUGCGGUAUCUGCAGCAGGGUAUUGUUGGCUGGCGCGAGCUUUGUGGCUUUGCUAGGUGACGGUCUUGAGCCAGAAUCAGGGAUUUGUCUAGACCGUGCGGUAUUCCCCGACUCUCGGAGCAUCAGAGUUGGUACCAAAGUCAUUUGCUGGGCACCGAGCUGCAGGCGAUGCACAGAUGCUACCGAGGCAGUAGGCUUGCAUUCUACGUGCUUGAGUCUGUUCAAAGAACACUGCAGAAUUGACAAGGCGGUCGACAGAUUGUGGAUAACAAUCGGCAAGAGGAACCUCUGGCAACGUGCUCCAAUGCUUCAACUGGACCGUGAAACAGGACUUGACAUCGAAAUUGUCCGCGAGAAUGCAGAAGCUUACGGUAUUCGAUUAUUGAAGCUCCUGCCAGCAGAGCUAAUCCAAAUGAUACAAGAGUACAGUGAUUCGGCAACGUUCUGGCGCUACAUCCAUGCUCUCAGCAUAGCCCGGGAAUUGUCCCGCUUACAGUCCGAUGCCGCUCCGCCGGUUACUUCAAUACCUUUGUGUAAUGUCCUAUCUUGGACACGAGGAGAUCGUGCUGCUGUGCUAUCAAGCGACUGCCCGCCAGUAGUACGCUUGACUCUUGAUCACAGGGGCAUACGUAUGAUAGAACGGUUAUCAAAAUCAUCAUACCAUCCCCAACGUUCGGAUAAGGAGGCAUUCGUCAUUGCACCGGCGAUUUGCUUUCAGGAUGUUGUGGCUGUGCUAAAGUUUCACGUAUUGCGACUUGAGCUCCCUGCAUCUUUGUUGGGGUUUCACAUCUGGGAUACCCCCAGCCCCCCCGGUAUUGAGGACUGCGACUUUUACGGCCGCGUGACACCGUCCAUGCAGUUCAAGACCACCAACUUACGCAGUGUAACGGGCCUCACGUUUUUCUUCUCUUUCAGCAAGCUAUACGCAAUACAUGCGCAUACGCAUGCGAGGCCUUAUGCAACGAAAACUUUUGACCGACUUCCUGCGAAAAGAAAGGAAAGCAUCGUAUGGAUAUACCUACCGAUGCCGAGAGAUGAAGAAAUCACGGCGAUCGCGAUGCGGUUGAAGGUUGAAGGGGGAGGGGCCACAACGCAGAAGCCCUUUUUCAUGAUACGUACAAAGCUAGCCGGAGAUGUGUAUGUUGGCCCAUGUCAUCUUAGGCAGCACAGAGAUAUCGUUCUCAGCCAGUCAAGUCCGGAGCUGCUCAUUCACAAUGUUGCAGACGUCGGACCAGCUACUGUGUUCGGAACAUAUCCGCGGAAGCAGCAACACGAUACCCUGCCGCCGUUCAACAACCGCUGGCCGAAUAUGGACCCUCUCCUUCAUCUCAUGUUUGAGCAUAUGUAUCUUUCCGUGGCGCCAUUGAAAGACGUGACUGUGAUUCAGGUUCUGGAAGACGAAAACUUUGAAUGCAAGGGUAUGAUAUUCGACUAUAUUAACGGCGCUCAGAGAGCCUUGGGGGACUGUAGAUUUGGCCACUAUCGUAUCAAGGCAUAUCUGAGCCCACGGCGUUUGUGCUACUGUCAUGUCCAGUCUACUCCUGCGAUAGUGCGAGGCUUUCACGUCGAGAUUGGAAGUGAUUCAGACCAUGCACACAGCGGCGAUGACUGGAAGUGCUCGGAGAUGGAAGGAAAUAUCGAGUUUUGGUUCUCCAAGGAACAUUCGGUCAUCGUCUGCGGUCUGCCACUCCAUUGA